AUGCACGCUGCCAAUUCAUUGGCUAGGAGUGAGCCUUUGACGGCCGCUCAAAUCAGUGCUCGACAUAUCAUCAGCCGAGAUCUGCCUACUUUCACUGGAAAGCCUGACGAAUGGCUGCUGUUCAUUAGCAAUUAUGAGCAGUCGACGGAAAGAUGUGGAUUCAGUAACGAAGAAAAUCUUAUACGCUUGCAGAAGUGUCUUAAGGGCCAGGCACUGGAAGCAGUACGCGGAAAAUUGAUGGUGCCAGAUACAGUGCCGUAUGCGAUUGGAACAUUAAGAAUGCUGUAUGGCCGACCAGAAAUAGUACACGCCGCGUUACAAGGAAAACUGAGAGACGAGCCAGCGAUAAAGGCAGAUAAUUUGGACUCCGUCAUUCGACUAGCCCUUGCUGUCCAAAAUUACUGCGCAACCAUAUCUGCAUUGGGUCUUCAUGACUUUUUGCAUGAUCCUGUCUUGUUGAACGAAUUGGUCGCAAAGAUGCCGAGCAGUAUGAAGUUGGACUGGGGUCGACACCGAUUGGCAAAUCAAAGCGUCAACAUGGCCACAUUCGACAAUUGGCUUUUCAAUGUGGCAAUGUGUGCCAGUAUGGUAACUCCGUAUGAUGUCGGACGAACGACCUCAGCCAAAGCUUCAAAAGAAAGGCUGUUUGUGCAUAGUGUUAGCGACAACAAUGACGAGACUCAACAGCGACAGCAUCAUGGAGAAUCAGAGAAGACUACAUGCCCAAAAUGUGGAGGCACGCACCGACUGUCGGAAUGUGUCGACUUUCGAGCAUCGAACGUUAAACAGCGCUGGGAGUUUGUGAAAUCGAAACGGCUAUGUUUCGGUUGUUUCUGGCGGCAUCUCGUUCGAAACUGCAAAGCUAGAGAAACCUGUGGCGUCGAUGGAUGCAAAUCAAUUGACCACGUACUGUUGCAUACCGCCGCAGGCAGUGAUGGCAGAAACAAGCUGUCUGGACAAGCAGUGCCUCGAUCUGUCAACAAAGAGGAGUCUUCAAUUAUGUUUCAUGGAAAGACGGCGAGUAGCCCUCUCUUUCGUUAUAUCCCGAUAACGAUCCACGGCAAAUCCAAAUCUGUGAAAACAUUUGCUUUGGCCGAUGAAGGAGCUGCUUGUUUUUUAAUUGAAAGAUCCUUGUCUGACGAGCUCGAGCUAGAAGGACCGGCAACUCAAUUGUGCCUGAAAUGGACAGGUGAUGUUUCUAAGGUUGAAAACAAUUCGCAAUCGUUGGACAUCACUGUAUCAGCUACGAGUAUGGAAUCGCAGCGAUACACUCUGAAAAGUGUGCGAACAGUGUCUGAUCUCGACCUACUGAAGCAAAGCCUUGACAAGCAAUUAUUGGAGUCUCGGAGUCACCUCUGUACGUUGCCUAUAGAUCCGUAUUCCAACGUACGAGCACGAAUCAUCAUUGGACUCGACAACAUUAAGUGGACUAUUCCGCUGGAGUUGCAUGAAAGUGAAGACGACGACGUCAUUGCAGCACGUUGCAGGCUUGGCUGGGCUGUUUACGGCCGCUCAGCAAAGGAAUACUCGUCGAUUCCACGCCUGUUACAUAUUUGCCAAUGUAGUGAGACUGACAGUUUGGAUGUUGUAUUGAAAGAGCACUUUUCUUUGGAAUCACUGGAAAUUGUCGCUACGAUCAAUCCAUUACGAUCCAAAGACGACGAGCGAUCGGUGCAAAUCAUGGAAGCAACGACAACGUUCUUGGCAGACGAGAAAAGGUGGCAAACUGGUCUACUGUGGAGAUUCGAUAAAGUGGUCUUGCCUGACUCCUAUGAAAUGUGUCUUAAGCGACUAAAAUGUCUCGAAUCAAAAAUGUCGAAAGAUCCGCAGUUACGCAACUUUAUGCUAACGACGAUGAAAAACUAUAAUGAAAAUCGUUACAUCAGACGCCUGGAUGAUAUCACCAACCCUAACAAGAAGAAGACACGUUUAGUGUGGGACGCUGCAGCGAAGCUCCAAGGAGUGUCUCUAAGCGACUGCCUGCAAAUGGGUCCUGACACACUUGCAUCAUUGAUGGGCAUUCUAAUACGCUUCAGAGAACGCCCAAUUGCUAUUUCGGGUGACAUACGCGAAAUGUUCCAUCAAGUUAGGGUGCGACCAGAGGAUCAGGCAGUUCAGAGAUUCCUCUGGCGUGAUGGAAACUCGCAAUGGCCACCAUGCAAGUUAUGA